UAUCCUCCCCACCUCCCCCACAACCCACCACCACCACCACCACCACCACCGUCAUCCGCCUCCUGAUUCCGGCGCCACCUAGUCGACCGACCGCCGACCCCCUCGCCGUCCCAUGCCCGCGGCAGCCGCUUGGCUGCACUGAGACGGGAGCGAGCGACCAGAGGCGAGGCCUGAUGCGGCAGCGGCAGCAAGGGGAGGAGCACCAGGAGCUGUUCGUGCAGUGGAGGCCCUGCGACAAGAAGAGGUCGUAGGCCCCGGCCGAAUCCGCACUCGGAUCCACUCAGCCACUCCGGCGUAGGUGAAAGGCGUGCGGUGGCGAGGACCGGCCGGCCGUAGCCGAGAAAGAGAAAGGAAUAUGAGCGGGUCCGUUGGGAGAACCCGGGUGGGGAGGUACGAGCUGGGCCGGACGCUCGGGGAGGGAACCUUCGCCAAGGUCAAGUUCGCCAGGAACGUCGAGACCGGCGAGAAUGUUGCCAUCAAGAUCCUCGACAAGGAGAAGGUGCUCAGGCACAAGAUGAUCGCCCAGAUAAAGCGCGAGAUCUCGACCAUGAAGCUCAUCAGGCAUCCAAACGUCAUCCGGAUGUAUGAGGUGAUGGCCAGCAAGACAAAGAUUUACAUAGUGAUGGAGCUUGUCACUGGGGGUGAACUUUUCGACAAGAUUGCUACGCGCGGAAGGCUGAAAGAGGAUGAUGCAAGGAAGUACUUCCAACAGCUGAUCAAUGCUGUCGAUUACUGCCAUAGCAGAGGCGUCUACCACCGAGAUCUCAAGCCUGAAAACCUUCUGCUUGAUGCUACUGGCGCACUCAAGGUGUCUGAUUUUGGAUUGAGUGCACUAUCUCAACAAGUCCGAGAGGAUGGUCUGCUGCACACAACUUGUGGAACUCCCAAUUAUGUUGCUCCCGAGGUUAUAAACAACAAAGGGUAUGAUGGAGCCAAGGCUGAUCUAUGGUCAUGUGGGGUGAUUCUCUUUGUCCUCAUGGCAGGGUACCUCCCAUUUGAAGAUUCGAACCUUAUGUCACUUUACAAGAAGAUCUUCAAAGCGGAUUUCAGUUGCCCAUCCUGGUUCUCCACAAGUGCGAAAAAGCUCAUCAAGAAGAUUCUAGAUCCUAAUCCUAACACUAGAAUAACUGUUGCAGAUCUUAUUAAUAAUGAGUGGUUCAAGAAGGGGUAUCAGCCUCCCAGAUUUGAGACAGCAGACGUAAAUUUGGAUGAUGUCAACUCCAUCUUUAACGAAUCCGGCGAUCCAGCACAGCUUGUUGUUGAGAGGCGUGAAGAAAGGCCGUCAGUGAUGAAUGCUUUUGAGUUGAUCUCUACAUCUCAAGGCCUCAAUCUUGGCACACUCUUUGAGAAGCAAACGGGUUCUGUUAAGCGAGAAACAAGAUUUACGUCAAGGCUUCCUGCAAAUGAGAUCUUGUCAAAAAUCGAAGCAGCAGCAGGACCCAUGGGCUUCAAUGUGCAGAAGCGCAACUAUAAGCUGAAGCUGCGAGGAGAGAACCCUGGAAGGAAAGGUCAGCUGGCCAUUGCAACAGAGGUUUUCGAGGUGACACCUUCACUCUACAUGGUGGAGCUGCGCAAGUCGAACGGCGACACCCUCGAGUUCCACAAGUUCUACCACAACAUCUCGAACGGGCUCAAGGACGUGAUGUGGAAGCCGGAGGGCAGCAUCAUGGAAGGCGACGAGGCGCGGCACCGCAAGUCGCCGUGGACGACGACUAGUGGAGCGGAUCCCCGGCUCGGAUCUCCCUCGCAUCACAGUAUCACACAAGUCACCACACGUCCACACCCCCACUGCCCCACACCACCCGCGCUCGCCCUGCUCCGCCCGGCCUUGACCGCCCGACCCGACCCGACGCGGGACCCCGAGGAGCGAGCGAGCGCGGCCGCGAUGCGCGAGGAGGCGCGGAGCUCGUCGGCGGCGCCGCCCGACCCGCCGCCCGCGAGGUCGGUCUCGCCGCCGCCCACCCCCGUCGCCAGUUCUGCUGGUGCUUCAUCACCUCCUGCACAAACUAAUGUAGCUAGUAUAGAUUGGUUAGGCAGUGACCAAGUGUCCAAGGCGGGAUCGUCUCAUGUCGCUCCACCUGCUUCUCAGCCUGCAUUUAGUACUAAUGCUGAUGGGGCUGCUGCGGAUUUCUCUCAAUCAUCGUGUAGACCAUGGGAACGAGGCGACUUGCUUCAUCGACUGGCCACGUUUAAGCAGUCAACAUGGGCUUCUAAGCCAAAGGCUGCUAGUUCAUUGGCUUGUGCUCAAAGAGGCUGGGUGAACAUUGAUGUGGACAAGAUUGAGUGUGAAUCAUGUGGUGCACAUCUUAUAUUUACUGCAUUGACAUCAUGGUCCCCUGCUGAAGUUGCAAAUGCUGGGGAAGCUUUUGCUGAGCAGCUUGAUGCAUCACACCAGAAUGAUUGUCCCUGGAGGGGGAAUAGCUGUGCUGAUAGCCUGGUCCAGUUCCACCUUACCCCGUCAGCUCUUGUUGGUGGUUUUAAAGAUCGCUGUGAUGGAUUAUUGCAGUUUGUAUCUCUUCCUGUUAUUGCCUCAUCUGCAAUUGAGAGUAUGAAGAUCACUAGAAGCGUUCAAAUUGAUCGCAUCUUAUCCCAAUCAGUUACAAUUUUGUCUGGGGAGCUGGGCUACAGAACAGACAGUACAACAGGAAUUGAUAUCAGCCAACAAGAUGAAAGCUGCGGCUACUCUCAAGCACAGAAGCUUAUUAGCGUUUGUGGAUGGGAGCCUAGAUGGCUUCCAAAUGUUCAAGAUUGGGAAGAAAAUUCAACACGCUCCGCCAGAAAUGCAGGUUCAGCUGAACCAGAUGGCCAGUUUCAUUCCCAAAUUCCUGAGCAUCACCAAAGUUCAUACUCUGCAUCAGUUAAGAAAGAGAAGGGAAAAGGAAAAAUGCGUGUCAAAGAUUCUGGAUGCAGCAUGAGAUCACCUUUGCUGGAUUGCAGCUUAUGUGGAGCUACAGUGAGAAUCUGGGACUUCAAAUCUGUGCCACGCCCUUCUCAUUUAAGUCUGAAUAACAUCGACAUGCCUGAUACAGGAAGGAAGCCUGUGUUGACCCGUGGAAUUAGUGCUACUAGUGGGAUCAAUGGAUUGGUUGCUGAAGUAGCAGAGAAAGAAAAUGUUGAAGGACGUGAUGAGGCAGGUACUGAUGAGCGUAAGUCUGUGUCAAAUGCUCAAGUUGACUUAAAUCUGACGAUGGCAGGAGGUUUGCCAUCAAACCAUUCUGCAUUGCCCCCGAUGCCUGGACAUUUCAGUUAUGGAGGAAUGGGAAGAGAUCUCAUUAUUGGGCAGCCAACUGGAAGUGAACUUGGUGGCCAUGCAGCUUCAUUUGAGUCUCGGGGCCCCAGUUCAAGGAAGCGUAACCUGGAGGAAGGUGGGAGCACAGCUGACAAGCCAAUAAACAGGCUUCAGCCUGCUGACAGCAUAGAGGGAACUGUCAUUGACCGCGAUGGUGAUGAAGUUGAUGAUGCCGCACAAGAUUCUGGUGCUCGGAGCAAAAGGCCUCGUGGUUUUAAUCUUUUUGAUAUCAAUCGCCCAUCUUCUACCGGAGCAGGUCCCAGCAGAAACUUAAGCUUUGACCUGGAUAUAGAUGUUAAUAGAUUUGAUACAUCUAAUGCUGAGGGCCCAUCUGCCCUUCACAACCCAUUUCCAAAGGAUUCUAUGAGGGCGUCUUCUGUUAUUGCAAUGGACACUGUUCACAGUGCAGAGGAAAAUUCAAUGGAGAGUGUUGAAUAUCAUCCAUGUGAUGGUGAUGAUGUUAAUAAGCCUUCUAGUGCACUCAGGAGUGGUGGAAUGAGUGAGGCAUUGGAUCUCAAUUAUAGCAACCAAGCACAGCAAAGCAGUUUUGUACAGCCUGCUGCUGAAACUGAAAGUAAUGCAAGAGAGAUAGGGGGCAGUAGUAUGAAUGGAGGGGAAGAAGUUCUCAAUGCAGAAACAACUCCUGCUUCUGCUAGAGAUCAGCUUAGCCUGGGGGUUAGUGGAGGGAGUGUGGGAAUGGGUGCUAGUCAUGAAGCUGAAAUUCAUGGGACUGAUAUUUCUGAGCAUAAAACUGGUAGCGUUGUUGGAGAUGCUGAUCCAAUUCCUGAGCUCAUCGAGAUUAUGGGCCACACUGGCGAGUCAGCCCCUGGACCUGCGUUGAUGGAUGAGUCUGCCCCUGAAGAAGUUGGUCGAGAAGAUCCUCAUGGUGAUAGCCAAGAUAUGGCGUCUCGGUUAGCGGUUCGAGCUGACAGUGGUUCAAAAAUUUGUGGUUCAACUAAAGCUGAUUCUGUUGAAAGUGGAGAGAAGAUGAGUCAUGCUGUAGCUCAUGAGAAUAGUGCACAUCCCUCUCUUUCUUGCAAUGCAAGAGUUUAUUCUGGCAUUGAUGCAUCGAAAGAGGAAGUGACUGGUAUUAUGCUGACUAAUGAUGACUAUGAUCCAGCAAAUGGGCUAGGAGCAACAAAUGGAGAAAACGAUUAUGAAACCGAACUUCCAGAUUUUGAUCCAAUAAAGCACCACAACAAUUACUGCCCCUGGGUAAAUGGAAAUGUUGCUGCUGCAUGUUGUAUUAACUCUGGUUCGAGCACGGCGCUCUCUGGCUGGCAGCUCACAGUAGAUGCCAUCGAGACGUUGCAGUCUCUUGGCCAAGCUCAGAAUCAGACUAUGCAGUCAGACUCUGCGGCUUCAUUAUAUAAGCUUUCUUCUGUGCAUUGCAUUGUCUCAUGUGGUAGGAUGAUCACGCCCCACCCAGCCGGAAGCUGCUGAAAAGGGCAAAUCACAGCAAGAGCUGAGCAUCAGAGCUUCACAUUUGGUCUUGGGAGAGCUCAGAAACCAUGAUCCGGGUGGGUGGGAAGGAGAGAAAUAAAAGCUUAGGUAGUUUUGUGUGCAGAUGAUUGGGUUUGCCUGCCGUCUUUAGCUAUGUCGGCUCGAUUAUUGUAUUUAUCUAUGUUCUAUGAGAUGACUUGAGCACCAAGACUUUGUAACUGGAUACUUGCCGUUUUUGCCAAUGACUUGUGCGAGUGGAUUAAUAUAUAUUUAACUUAGAAAUCUUGAAA